UUGGGCACUUCAGCAGCCACACCCUCAAUCUUCCCUGGGCUGGAUUGCCAAAGCCCUGCCAUGGCCAAUGGGUAGCCGUUCAAGCUGCACGUGUGCUUGCAGCGAGGGGGCUGCCAACAAUGCUGUCGAAAGCUACUGCUCAGAGAAGAACGUGGCCAUCGCCCACUCAGGCACCUCGCGGCCUUUGCCCGAAGCGCUGCAGGAGUCUUCCCUGCAGUCGCGGCCGCCAGGUAUGCGACCGUGUGAGCAACCGCCCCCCCAAAAAGAGCGAUGAGCACAUUUCGUACAGAGCGGUCGUGGAUUUCAGACUUCACUUCAGGACUUUGGCUAAAACCCACCUACGCUCACAAGCAAUAACCUGGUUGAUCAUGUCCUUUGGGUUACGGGACGGCAGACACACACGUCUGUUUUGCCUUGCUCCAACAGAGCACUUGGGCACUGGGAGGUCUUUGCACGCUUCCGGGCAAUGGUUUUCCGAUGGCAAGGCCCAAGAGAUUGCAAGAACCCAGGAGGAAGCAUUGCAGUUUGGACCUUGGUGCCACGGGUCAUUUUGUGCCUUGGUGCCUUCAUUCCACCACAAACUAGUGAAUCUGGUUCGCAGUGCGCAGAUCGGAUGUGUGUUCGAAAACCUCAGCUCAGGAUGCUCAGAUGGUGAUCCUUGAAGGAGGCUCCCGAUUUUUUGGACAUUGGAUGGAUGGAAUGAAGACCGGAUUCGGCAUCCUUGAGCGUCCUGAUGGUAGCCGCUAUGAGGGCGACUUCCAGAAUGACAAAGCGAGUGGGCAGGGAACGUUGGCGUGUGCCUCUGGUGAUGUCUACGAAGGCCAAUGGGCCGAUGGCCAGGCGCACGGCUUUGGGCGCUUCACGCAAGCCAAUGGCAGCUACUACGAGGGCCAGUGGGCUUUUGACCAGCAAGAAGGAUUUGGCAUUGAAACCUGGCCAGAUGGUUCCCGAUUCGAAGGCUGCUACAAGGGCAACCUGAAGGAAGGCCCAGGAACCUUCACUUGGGCGAAGGGAGCUUCAUACACCGGCGAGUUCAGCAACAAUGUCCUUCAUGGCUCUGGCGAAUACAGGUGGCCUGAUGGCAGACACUACUCUGGUCAAUGGCUGAACAAUGCAUUGAAUGGCAUGGGUGAAAUGACCUGGCCAGACGGCCGGUGCUAUCGAGGCCACUACCGGCAGGAUCAAAAGCAUGGAGAAGGAUGCUUUCGCUGGGCCAAUGGAAGCCAGUACAGCGGCCAAUGGUUGCAAGGAAAGCAGCAUGGCUUUGGAAGGUUCAAGGGGCGUGAUGGCAAGGUUCGAAGGGGUCAAUGGGAAGAUGGUGUGCUAAUCGGCUGGUUAGAAGCUCCACGUGAUGAAGAGCCAACGGACCGUUUCAUCCCUAAGGGCGGAAAGCUUGCGUCAUCCACACUGGAAACUUCUGAAGGCACGGUGUCAAAUGCAGCCACUCACAAUCUGUGAGUUGGUCGGCCUGAAGUCUAAGUCUAGUCUUGUAUGUCAUGGUUUGUAUUUCUUGAACAUUCGACUGCGAAGCAGAGGCUGACCCUAUCGUAGUACUUCAAUGCUCCUAGGUUUGGACAUCCGAUGUACUUUCACAGCGGCCACCGGUGCCAAAGUGCACCAAUUCAGGGCGCUCAGAAGCACUGUGAAUCGUAUGCUGACCUGGGGC